AUGGCCGAUGGCCUCGACAGCGAGGUCACGGUCAACACACGGGCCUUGAUCGACAAGGUCUUGGCACGUUACUCCAGUGAACAUACGACACUCCGAGAGUUGAUUCAAAAUGCAGCAGAUGCAAAAGCUGAUCAGGUCAUCAUCAAGUUCGAGACGGAUCCCUCUCUUACUGUGCCUGCACCGCAGGGCGCCGAUGACCCUGUUCUACUAAAACACGUCAUCCAAAACCACACUCUCAAGAGGCUUGUUGUAAGCAACAACGGUCAGCCUUUCACACCCGCUGACUGGAGUCGGCUGAAAAGCAUCGCCGACGGUAAUCCAGAUGAGACAAAGAUUGGUGCUUUUGGUGUAGGCUUCUACAGCGUGUUUGCCGAUUGCGAUGAGCCUUUUGUGAUAUCAGGCGACAGGACGAUGGCAUUCUACUGGAAGGGUAACACUCUCUCCACUAAGAUCGCGCCUGUGCCUGCCGAGCACACUACAAGAGACACCAUCUUCAUGCUUGAAUACCGACAAGCGAAUGCUGCAUCUCCCUCCUACAACCCGUCAAAGCUCCCAAACAUACCCACCCUAUGUCAAUUUCUAGCGACCAGUCUCACUUUUGUUGGCCUUCAAAGCAUCGAGCUUCACGUUGACGAUUACGUUGUUGCCUCAUUCACAAAGAAGAUUUCGCCUCCUGAGAACGUCAGCGUACCACAAGGCUUGAAGACCGAAACCGAGGGCGGCUUGAUGCGGGUCACGGACGUCACGCGACAGCACUCCCAGAUCGAUGCUGCUUGGAUGAAUGUAAUUGCAAUAGCUCAAUUACCACCCAAGAAGGCUGCGGAUCUCGUACAACAGGAAGUGCGUAACGCCGGUACCAGCUUGCGAAGCUUCUUCUCCCGCUUUGCUGCUCCACCUCCCCCAGCACCAACAAAAGCCCCCAAGCCUGUUCCUGAGAAGGUUAAUCCGAGCGAGGAGCUAGCGGGAGAGUCAAAGGGAACCAUAUUCCUGCAAGUGUGUACUGUCGUGGCAGCUACCAGAGUCUCGAGAAACUUUGCGGCAGAGAUUGAAAGAGCAACGAAGAAAUCUCCACCAAAGACAACCAAGAUUGCUCUCCUGACCUCUCCAUAUCAGGAUCCUUCAGCUACCUUGGCGACUGGAUCGGGAAGCUCUGCUGACCUUGCUUCAAAGAUCUUUGCCGAAGUUCUUCCAACAAAGUCUGGACGUAUCUUCAUUGGAUUCCCAACGGCGCAAACUACGGGAUACCUUGCACAUAUCUCUGCGCCAUCUCUCAUCCCAACGGUGGAGCGUGAAAAUGUAGACAUGAAUGCUCGCUACAUUUCUACUUGGAACAUUGAGCUGCUGCGCGUUGCUGGCUUGGCAUGUCGCAUCACCUACGCAGCCGAACUAGCUCAUAUACAGGCCCAGUUUGGCAGGGAGUCUCUAGAAAACUUAAUCACAAAGACAGCUUACGUCUUUAAACAGUACACCGCAAAAUCAUCCCAUCCAUCCACUGCCCUUGGAGAUAAGAUUGACGAGGCAUUUUGGAAUUGCUCCAAAGAACGGUCUAUUGAUAUUCUCUCAACGAAGGGUGUCAUGCCUAGCAAGCGUGUGCGUAUGCCUGCAGAAACACUGAGCUUUCUAGGCGAAGUACCUAUGGUCCCACAAGAUCUAGCGAAUGGAGCUGUUGACUUUAUGCUCAACCUUCACAAUCGUGGUUUCAUCACAGAACUCACCAUGGGAGACAUCCGGAAAGGGCUAGAAUCCCGCGCGCUUAAUGAAGAAGAGCUUUGUGAAUUCCUCAAGUGGUGCGGAUCCAAGCUGGAAAGCGGCGAAAUUGACAUACCUGGCUCGCGAAGUCUCUUCGAGAAUACUGUCGCAAACAUUGAAGUUGUACCCGAGAAGAAUUCUGGCAGGAUACUUGCCCUGGGUGACAUCAGCACAUAUGUGAACCCGGCUCGUAUUGGACCACACCUGCCCCUUCCUUCUGAUACGAUUCCCUUUACUUUUACGAGGAGUAUGUCGAUGAAGCAAUUGCAGCUGUUCGGUUGGAUGGAGCUGUCAAUGGUUCGUUGGCUUCGACACAUGACAACCCAACCUCAACUGGACGAUUUUACCACGGAUGAGAAUCUUGCUCUUUCGGUGUUGACGUUGACAUCUAAAUGCUGGGAGCAGCUUGACGGGAGCUCGCGGGAUACUGUCGUCAAAAUUCUGGCCCCCCAAGCGAUUAUGCCAACAAAGAUGGGUAUGCGACGCCCAGCUGAGUCAUACUUCCCUACAGUCAAACUUUUCGAUGAUUUGCCGACUGUAAAACCUUUCGCCGGCUCAAAGGAAAAGUUCCUAGUGUCCCUUGGUGUACGCAAAACUAUCGAUUUGCCCAUGGUGUUUGAUCGGAUGCGUAGUCGCGAUACACAGCAGUCGGAAAAACCAACUUGGAACCAUGUUGAUCUCAUCCGGUAUUUUGCGUCCGUCAUCAAUGAGAUACCAAAGAAGGACUUGGACCGUCUGCGUGAGACGGCUUUCUUACCCGGGGAGGGUGCGACCGUGAAGCCAGGUCAACAAUUCAAGGCUUCGGAGCUCUAUGCUCCAGAUCCUACGCUUACUGCUUUGGGAUUGACCCAAAUCAAGCUACCAUUUGAGUUCAAGACAACUACACGAGAAGGCGUACUUCUCCUGAGCCUUGGACUCAAACAGUGUCCGGAAUCUAUCACGAUCGCACACAUAUUGCACCGUGCUGGACAGGCUAAGGAUAUUCAACUGUAUACGCGCGCUAUUGAAUAUUUCUUGCGGAACUACUACAAGAACAAUUAUGCGGCGGAGGCAAACACGUUCGCUGCCAUCACGCUUCCGAUUCUACCGACAGAGCAGGCGCCGUUCCCAGCGCUGGUCGGUCCCUUCCAAUGCUACACCAAUGAGCACGCAGCUUGCCUAGGCUUCCCGAUUCUGAGAAGCGACCUUCGUGGACACGCUGAGAAGCUAGGGGUCCAGCGGGAUCCCAAAAUAGCACCAUGUGUACAGUAUCUCAUAAAGAAUCCACCCAAGACUAAGCUGGAUGCUGAGAUGCAAUUUGCCUAUCUUGCCUCGCGUGGUUCUGAUAUGGAUCAGCACAAAGGGCUUAUUCAAACCCUCGGAGGCUCCAGCAUUGUACCGAUAUUCCGGAAAUACUAUGUCGAUCCGACUUGUAGUGGGUUCGAGGACAGGUCGAAACAGCAGACAGGGAAGACGGAGAUGCGUAUCCAUCACUAUGAUCCACCUGAGCAUGUUUUCGUUGGCCGCGAUGAAGAGUACCGUGGAAUUCUCGACUAUGUCCACUAUGGAGCGGAAGCGACUGUCUUCCUUCUGAAAGUGGGCGCGAAGCACGAGCCUACUACACAUGAUUUGGCAGGUUUGCUCGCCAGGAAUCCUGCCCGCUUUCUAAACACCAUAGGCCAGGACAAAUAUCUUGAUCUGCUAAGGAAGCUCGCUGAGCACGCAGGAAGCUUGUGGAAAGACAAGGAGUUGGUCAAGACACUGACAGGGUCAAGAUUACUUCUCGGCUAUCGCGAUAUCAAGGAAGACGCGAAGAAAGUGGGCAUGGUCGAAGAUGAGAUGGACGACUUGGAUGAAGACAAUGUGCACCGUGAAUGGUCACUCAACAAAGCCGCAGAAAUAGUCAUCAUCGACAACGUCAACUACAUGACAAGAUUCCGCGACUUCAUCAUUGCAGCUCCUCAAGAAGAGGCUUUAGAGGAAUUCUACGCUCGUUUCGGCGUCCAAAAGGUCUCAGAGCUUGUCAAGACAGACCAGCGUAUCGGCACAGCAGUACGCGACCAGGUACCAGCUCAGGAUCUUCGACGAGAUAUCUUAGAGCGUGUGCGUCUAUUUCUCCACGAGUACGAGCGCGACGCCUCAUCAAAGGCCAUUAAGCAUGAUGCUAAAUGGCUCGGCUCCCACCUCUCUGUCAAAUGCGUCUCUGACAUCUCUAUUCGGUACUCACUCGCAGAACGGAAUGUUGCAACUUCCUCGAGGAAAUCGGCUGUCAUCACCAAAGUGACUGGUGUUGGCUAUGUGCUAAGCAUCACACCAAAGUAUGAUCUUUACGAGGUUUCCAGUGAACUCGUUAGGCUUCUAGUAUCGCGACCAAAGCGUAACGACGCGAUCGCACUGGAGCGCAUAUUGACUGAACCCUUACGCCGUUUACAGCAGAAGGGUAUUAACGUGGAGCGUAUUCUACGAAGGAAGGAGCAUGAGGCUCGUAUUGCUAAGCAGGCGGAACAGGAGCGUGAGGAAGAAGAGCAGCAGCGAAUGAUUGAGAAGGCAAAGAGCGGUCUCGUGAAGUCGGAAAAGACAGAGAACAGAGAAAACGUCCCACCUGCUACGCCGGAGAAGCCCAGUCAUCAUAUACCUGGCGCAUUUGGUAGCCCAGAUACUGGCAUGGAAAUAGCCAAUCACGGUCGCCAACCAGAAGACCAAGGCCUUAUCAACAACUGGGCGAAGAAGCUCGGUUUCAAGAACACGCCAGCUCCACCUUCCCGUGGUACUGAUGGCCCUCAGAUCAGCCGUGACAUUCAAGCCACAAAAUCAAACAUCCAGAAUGCUAUCAAGGAAUGUCGGCCGACUGGCAUGUCGAACAUCAACACAAAGCAUCACCAGGAUCCGACGGAGUUGGAUCGAGGAGGUUACUGUAACGAUGAACAGUGGGAGAAUCUGACUAAAGCCUUCACUGUGCCAUUCUCUGGACGUUACGUGGAUAUCUACUAUGGCCGCGAUGAGUCUGCACCGCUUUCUGACUUGCAAUCUCACUUGCGGACCUUCCUUCCGCUGAUCUUCGGCCUCACAUCAAUCUUUAGUGUCAACCCUGCUGCCGUAAACGUCUUCCUCGACAAGAAGUCCAACACGGUCGCCUUCAAUAUGAGCGGCAGUCUCUUCUUCAACCUUGCCUGGUUCAUCACUUUGCAUAGUGAUGGGUGUCAGACCAAAGAAGGGAAGUUGCGGGCGCUGGAUAGUUGGUUCUGCACAUAUUGUCACGAACUUGCUCACAACCUGGUGGCCGACCACAACGCUAGGCAUAGUUGGUAUCAGCAGCAGAUAAUUAUCGAGUACAGUCAGCAAUAUCGGGCUGCAUUGGAGAGCUUCACUCAAGGCAUGUUGAUUUAA